UACGCAAAAAAAAAAAAGAAGACACAGGGUUAAAAGCAAGAUAGAAAGAUAGACAGAAACAAAGUGUUGUGAAAUGUCGCAACAGCAGAAGUGAUAAACUUAUAGGGUCCAGCCGUAGAAACACCUGAGUCUUGUGACAUAGUCUGAAACUUUUUUAUUUUACAAUGUAGUGGCGGAGCACAGUUUCACAACAGGACAGAAACCGAGAUGAGCUGUGCAAUGAGGAGGUUCAGGCGUGACACUCUCUAAACUACGAGGCCUAGAGGAACCAGCGGACGAGUCAAUUAAUGAAGGGAAGCGAAUGCUUCCUCUACUGAUGAAACGCCACAGGUGGAGCUGCAUUAGUGCACAGAAAGGGGCUUGGUAAGACUUCCUGACACAUUCAUGGCUUCACCCAAUGAUCAGAUACAAUGAAGAGACUGGAUGAUGAGCCCACAAAGAGUGGGAAGAGGACAAGCUUUUCUGACAACCUCACCAAUGGUGACUCGGUGACUCAGAGAAACCCUGUGGCUUUACUGCAGAGGUUACGUCUGUGUCAGGAGGCUUGGAACCCAGGAAGCCCGUGGGACAGAGAUGGAGCCCACGCUGCUCUGUGGGGGAGGCUACCAGGGAGUUUCCUGGUGGUGACUGAUUCUUCUUCUCAGAAUAAACUCCUGUGUGUGUCGGUCGAUGACCAAAAUAAAAAAGUACAAGACUUUCCCAUCAUACAAACCGGCUCAGCACAACGUCUGGAUACGUCUCACCUUGCCUUCUCGGACCUGCUGCAGCUGGUGAUCUUCUACAGUUUAAGCAGGGAUGUGUUGCCUUUGUGUUUGUUGAUUCCUUCAUGGGUGUGUGGCUUAACCGAACAGCCAGAGCAUCUUGUUUCACACCUGGGUCCAAAGGCCUGGGUUUGUCCCUCAGCAGAUCUGUUGCCAGGCACAAUGAGUCCAGGAACACCAGAGGCUCCGGACAAUGUAAUGUGCACCAUACAGUUAACAGCAGACAAUGGUGCACUCUGUUUCAUCAACCCCCUGUAUCUCCAAGAGCAUGGAGAUGAUUGGCUGACGCAUUCCCCGGUUAGCACAAACCUCAUCAAUCGCCCCUUCACUUCCAAGCGUGACAGAAGGCUGAGCACAGCAAGACCUUGGGCAGGGGCGGGGCUUAAGAAGCGAACCGAAUCGGUGGAAGAGUCGCCUGUCGUUACGGACAGCUCAGCAGGUUCUCUUGUUCAGUCCCCAGUUUCCCCAGUGACUACAACUGGAGUGAUUUUGCGCAGAGCAAGCAAUCCCGAUACCUCAGAUCUUCAAAAAAGGGUGAGCGUGGAUUCGAUCAGCAGCCCCAUCCCUCAGUCGCCGCACCGAGUUUCUUGGGUCGAGGACAAACUAUGGAACCCACCUGCUCCCUCCUCCCUGCUCCACCCUCCAUGCCUGGAAUUUGAUUCUCUGUCAAUGAGCAGCAUAGAAGAGGAGCCCGAUCCUGAGCAAGCCGCAAGCCCUUGCCAGGUCCAAAACUCCCCACGCCUCCCGCUGGCUGACAAGGUUAAGAACAGGCUUUCAGCAGUUGGCCAGGUUUUCGGUGGUUUCAUUAACCCACAGAAACGCCUGAGUAAGCGUGUGCAGGAAAUGAGCGAGCGUAAGGGCAGUCCUUUCGCAGAGGCCCUAAAGGGAUUUCUGGAGCAAACACUGAAAAUGAGAGCUGCUUGUGGUGUGACGAGUACAGAGAUAUUACAGGAAGUGCGCUCCUCCCUCACGGCUUUGAGAGAAACACUGUAUGACUCUGUCGAAAUCCAGAGCAUCAUAGACACCCUGGGAGAUGUGCCUGAUUUUGAGUUGGAUACCAUGAUGGAGCAAGCUUUACAUAAAGUGGCGCUAAAGCCGCUGUUUUCCCAUUUGAACGAGUGUAUGAAGACGGCACGGCAGCAGGACGGCAGCCUGCAUCGGCUGCAAGCGAACCAGAAAACACUGAUGAGUCGAAGCCUAGAGGAGCUGGAGGGGACGGCAGGUGCAGGCGUGCCUGAUGCGGCAAUGCUGGAGAAGAUCCAGCAGCGCUGGGCUUCCAUGCACCAGCAGUAUUCACCACAAAAGAAGGUGGAAAUGCUGCUCAAAGUGUGCAAAAACAUUUACCACAGCAUGACUGUCAACGCCAAACCUGGGGUGGUAUUCGGAGCGGAUGACUUCCUGCCCUGUCUGACAUGGGUGUUACUGCGCAGCGAUGUUGUCACUCUGCAGAUAGAUACAGACUACAUGAUGGAGCUGCUAGACCCCUCUCAGUUACAGGGCGAAGGUGGAUAUUACCUGACGUCCCUCUACGCCUCAUUGUACUACAUUAGCAGCUUCCGGUCUCGUUUGGCGGCAAGGCAGCUGAGUGCCGAAGCCCAGAAGUCACUCAGCCAAUGGCAUCGCAGACGCACGCUCCACUGCAACCAAUCACGGCGCAGCAGGAACCGAAGGACCUUCAGGAGGCACCGAAGUAAUGAAAAAUCAGAUGAGGAAUCAGAAGAGGUGAACGCAAGUGAUGCAUCCAAAGACAACGACCAGACUCACACUGCUGAUGUGACAGAGACACUGCAGAGUGUGACCGAGAACUUUGGAGAGGAAAAGGAAGAAGAACAAAAUGGAUGAUCAGAGGACUGAUUCUGGGUAACAGAAGAGUAAUGUUAACAUUAAAACUGCCCUGCACUUUUGCCUAAACUGUGUGUAAAAAAAAAAAACAGAAUUGUGGACAAUCCCCGUGUCCAAAACUACACAAUACCUAGGCUUAGGGUUCUGAUUUUGUGUGUCCUAAUAGCACCAUUUAUGAAGCCUUAUUGCACCUUUUGUUGAAGUCUAUAGUCUGUAUCAACUGUGUAAUAUAUUCAUUUUAAAGUGUUUUAAUUUAAAUUGUUGCAGCAUUUUAAUUAAAAAUGCUGAUUAAAAGAGCUGAAUAAACCAAGCAACUGAUUUCCAUCUACAGUCUAUAU